GUACAUCGGCCCAGUACUGUAGUGUUGUUGCAGGUCAUACUCGGUCUAUUUAGACUACUUGAAGCAUAUGUACAUACCAGAUGCCUUCUGCGGUACAUGUGCAGAUAUCGUAAAACGAUUAGGGAGAGUCCCGGUUCCUGUUGCCCAUACUUAACAUGGCGGCGUCGGUGUGGUGACGUAGAGUGACGUUGCAGGAACUGCUUGAGACUGCAGAGUCUAGUGUUGGUACAGGAGUUGUGACAUGAUGGCGACUGCGCUCGGCAAGAGAAAAGCGGACGGUAGCAGGCUGCUGUCGGGGCGUCAGGAGCAGCAUACGCAGCAUGUAGAAGGAUCUAUCAUCAGAAUCAAGAUGGAGAAUUUCCUGACUUAUGAUAUGUGUGAGGUUUUUCCUGGUCCUCACUUAAACAUGAUUGUUGGUGCCAAUGGAACAGGAAAGUCAAGCAUUGUCUGUGCCAUUUGCCUGGGACUAGCAGGGAAGACCUCUUUUAUUGGCAGAGCGGAUAAGGUUGGUUUUUAUGUGAAGCGUGGAUGCCAAAAGGGUUCAGUCGAGCUUGAAUUGUACAGGGCUUCCGGAAACUUAAUAAUCACCCGCGAAAUUCAAGUAUCAAAUAACCAGUCAACUUGGUGCAUCAAUGGCAGGAAUGCAUCUUUGAAGAUGGUUGAAGAGCAGGUGGCAGCUUUGAACAUCCAAGUUGGAAAUCUCUGCCAAUUUCUUCCACAGGAUAAAGUCGGGGAGUUUGCCAAAUUAUCUAAAAUUGAGCUGCUUGAAGCAACAGAGAAGUCAAUUGGGCCUCCAGAGAUGUACAACUAUCACUGUGAAUUGAAAAACUUCAGGAAAAAUGAGAAAGAUCUUGAGGAAUCUUGUAAAAACAAAGAAGAGUUUUUGGAGAAACUUAAACAAAGUUAUGAAAGAUACAAGCAAGAUGUUGAAAGAUAUUAUGAGAGGAAGCGUCACCUUGAUAAGAUAGAGAUGCUGGAAAGGAAACGUCCAUGGGUGGAAUAUGAAAACGCGCGGCAGCAAUUUGAGGAAAUAAAGCAAAAAAGAGACCAAAUAAAAGAGGAAUUAAAGCGGAAACAAGAAUCGCAAGCCCCACUUAAUCAAAGACUUCAACAAUAUGACAAGCAACAUAAGCAUUUUGAUGGCAGAAUUAAAGAAAAAGUAGUUGAAAUUAGGGAAACUUCACAGAAAUGCAAACAGAAACAGGAGAUUUUGGAAAGAAAAGAUAAAGAGAUAGAAGCUGUUCAGCAGAUAUUAAGAAUGAGAAAAGAUGAAGAAUUAGAUCGACAAAAGAAGAUAUGUAACAUUCGUAAGAUGAUCGAGGACUGGCAAAAUGAGUUGAAGUCUAUGGCAAACCAGGACAGUCUUCAACCAGAAAUAGAUUCCAUUGGGAGGGAGUUGCGUCAUAUCCAAGAUGAGAAGUCAAAUGUUGAAAGUGAAAUGAGUGACCUGCGAAUGGAAAAACAAAACUUAGAGAGAGAAAAGAAAGAUCAAUCCAAUCGGAUAAGACAGUUUGAUAAUCUGUUAAAUCUGAAAGAAGAAAAAUUGCAGAAGAGAUUUUCUGAUACUUAUAAUGCUCUUGUGUGGCUCAGAGAAAAUAGGGAAAGGUUUAAGGAUCGCGUGUGUUUGCCCAUUAUGCUUGAAAUUAAUGUAAAAAACCACCAGCAUGCUAAAUAUGUGGAAAAUCACAUUUCUAUGAAUGAUAUGAGAGCAUUUGUGUUUGAAAGCCAAGAGGAUAUGGACAUGUUUUUGAAAGAGGUCCGUGACAAUCGGAGAUUAAGAGUCAAUGCAGUUUGUUCACCUCAGGAAUCCUUUGUGGAUAAGAACCCACCAAAGCCAAUCUCUGAAUUACAGCGAUACGGCUUUUUCUCUUACUUAAGAGAAUUAUUUGAUGCCCCACAUCCAGUGAUGAAUUACUUGGUCUCUCAGUAUAUGGUUCAUGAAGUACCUGUGGGGACAGAGAAGACCAGACAUAUGAUAGAAAAAGUUAUAAAAGAAACUGGACUGAGACAAAUGUACACUGCUGAAGAAAGAUAUGUAACGAAAGUAUCUGCAUAUAGCAACAAUGUUAUCUCUAGCAAUAUUUCCUUAAAAUCUGCCCAAUUUCUAACAGUUGCAGUGGAUCCAGAGGAAAGAAGGCAAGCAGUUGAACAAUUUAAGGAAAUCGAUAGAAGGUGUACUUCAUUAGAAUCUCGUUUUAGUGAACUGAUCAACAAACAGAAGCUGCUUGACAAAAAAGACAAUGACUUGAGGUUAAGGAAGAAAGAGAUACUGGAUAUGAAGACCAAAAAGAGACAACUGGAACAGAAGAUUUCUACUAAAUAUGAUAGCUUAAAGCAGCUAGAGCAAGAAAAUAUUAAUGUGGAGGAUGAUGAGCAACAAGCAGAUGACAAGAUUAGAGAUAUCAAUGUCCAGAAAAAGAAAAUUGUUAUAGAGCUCACAGAGUUGAUAAAGAAAUGCAUGCUACUAAAUAAAGAAAAAGUAGAUUUAGCCUUAGAAAAUACGACAGUACUAUGGAAGAAGAACAAAAUUGAAUCUGAGUACAAAGAGGCUACAUCUAGACUAAAAGAACUGGAGAGUCAGUUUGUGGCUGUGGAUGAAAAGAAACAACAUAUCUUACAAACUUGUAAAGGUCUUUUAGCUAAAGCGAGACAAGCAUGUAACCUUGGAAAAGAUAAUGAUUUGCCUCCAGAUUUCUGUACUACUUUCAUAUUGGAAUCUUUGGCUAGUUUGCUGUCUAUCCAUUCAAAUGUGGAUAUCUGUAAGGCCUUUCAGGCCCUUCCCGAUACACUGGAAGAAAUAGAUGCUGUGCUAAAUGAAGAACGGUCCAGAGCCUCUUGCUUCACAGGCUUAAAUUCUUCUGUUGUAGAGGACUACACCAGACGAACAAGAGAAAUAGAAGAUUUGACAGAGGAGCUUCACAAAAAGAAAAUGGAGUUGGAUACUUUUAGGCAAAACAUAUUACAGGUGAAAGAAGACUGGCUUGUUCCUUUGAAGCAGUUGGUGGAAAAAAUCAAUGAGCAGUUCAGCAGUUUCUUCAGGUCAAUGCAGUGUGUAGGUGAAGUUGAUCUACACACUGAAAAUGAGGAAGACUAUGACAAGUAUGGAAUAAGAAUCCGGGUGAAGUUUAGAAGCAGCACCCAACUUCAUGAGCUGACCCCACACCAUCAGAGUGGAGGUGAGCGGAGUGUUUCAACCAUGCUCUACCUAAUGGCUCUUCAGGAACUCAACAGGUGCCCUUUCCGAGUUGUGGAUGAAAUAAAUCAGGGCAUGGAUCCUGUGAAUGAAAGGAGGGUUUUUGAAAUGGUGGUGAAGACUGCGUGCAAAGAAAGCACUUCUCAGUAUUUCUUUAUUACACCAAAGCUGCUUCAGAAUCUAACUUAUGCUGACAAAAUGACCGUUUUGUUCGUCUACAAUGGUCCUUACAUGCUAGAGCCCACGAAAUGGAAUCUGAAAGCUUUUCAUAGAAGACGUCGAAGAGUAGCUGCAGUCACUCAGUAAAUGUGUCUUCACUACAAUGUACAGUCUUCCAUGCUGGAAUUAAAAUAAUAGUUUUGCUUUAAAGGGUUACUAUCAUUAGAAAAAAAACUUUUGGGCGAAUGAUAAAUUGACUAGUCUCCUAUCAGACUCCCAAAAGACUUUUGAUGCCACUUGGCGGCCUUGGGUGGAGUAUCUUGGUGAUCCCUCUUAACAUAUAUGAGGCAAUGGACCUUUCUCUCUCUUUUACCUCUUUUCUCUCCUUUUCAUCUCCUUGUCUCCUCUCUCCCCCCUUUUCUUGUCCUGUCUGUCCUCCCUUAUGUGUCUGUCUUAUUGAUGUCAAUUUCCUGGUAUUUCCAGAA